CUGUUGAAGUCAUAUUAUGGGUGGGACAGCCGGGCAGACACUAGCCUAAGGUUGUAAACGCCUUCCUCAUCUCAUUAAGGCUGUGUCCCGACUCAGUCCACGCAAAUACAUUCUUAACUGACUGACAAGAUUUCCCAUGGCAGACUUGCAGCCUUUGCUUCUGCUGCUUCUCAUCCUGACUACAUCAUUUGCCAAUGAAAAUGAACCUAUAAUCACCACCAAAUAUGGAAAAGUUCAAGGGAAUGUAUUUAAUGUGCUAGAUGGUCAUAUUCAAGCAUUUCGUGGAAUUCCGUAUGCAAAGCCGCCUACUGAAUAUCGAAGAUUCCGUCCUCCAGAGCCUAUGGAUAAUUGGGAUGAUGUGAAAAAUGCCCAAGAUUUACCAAAUUCCUGCUACCAGUUGCGAGAUGAAACGUUUCCAGGGUUUGAAGGUGCAGAGAUGUGGAAUCCAAACACCCCUGUGAGUGAGGACUGUCUGUACUUGAAUGUUUGGGCCCCUCUGUUCAAGACACCCACACCCCAACCUGCAGAUCGUGUUCCCGUAUUAGUUUGGAUAUAUGGAGGUGCCUUUAUGACAGGAACAUCCACCCUGGAUAUCUACCAAGGCCAUUUCUUGUGUAAAUCUCAGAACGUUGUUGUGGUAACUAUGAAUUACAGACUGGGACCACUUGGCUUUCUGGCUAUUCCUAACAACCCAAACAUCCAGGGAAAUCAAGGUCUACUGGAUCAGCGUUUGGCACUUAAAUGGGUGGUCGAUAACAUCGCUGCAUUUGGAGGUGAUCCUACCAAGAUAACACUAUUUGGGGAGAGUGCUGGAGCAGCAUCUGUGGGGUUCCACCUGCUCUCUCCAGGCAGCCAGGGCCUCUUUCAAAGGGCUGUGAUGCAGAGCGGCAUCCCUAAUGCAGCAUGGGCCACAGCAAAUAAAACUGAGAUAUAUGACAGAUCCUUAAAACUAGCAAAAUUGCUAGACUGCCCCGUGGAUGAUCCUGCUCGUCUGGAGUAUUGUUUGCUGAAUGCUGAUCCUGAAAAGAUGUCACUCAAGCAAUUUGAAAAUCUUGUUCCGCCUUCAAUUUUGACCAUGCCAUUUGUCCCACAUAUUGAUGGAGACGUCAUACCAUCUGAUAUAGAAACGUUGUUAAGCAGCACUACUCUUCCCAAAAAAGAACUGUUGAUAGGCUUGAAUAAAGAUGAAGGAACCUACUUUCUUUUUUAUGGAAUGCCUGGUUUCACUCUCGAAGGUGAAAGUUUCAUCACCAGGAAGAACUUUAUGGACGGUUUACCACUAGUACUGACAAAUUCAAGUGAGAUUGUUAAAGAAACCGCUAUUUCUCACUACACUGAUUGGCAAGAUGAAAACAAUAUGAAGACCAACCGUGAUGAAAUGGGGAGGAUGGUUGGAGAUGUGCUGUUCAAUUGUCCUUUAAUGGACUUUGCUACUCGGUAUGCAGAACGUGGCGGUAAUACAUUUUUGUAUUUUUUUGACCAAAUGUCAUCCAAAAAUCCCUGGCCAAAAUGGGCGGGUGUUAUGCAUGGCUACGAGAUAGAAUUUGUCUUUGGGAUGCCUCUGAAUGAGUCCCUUAAGUACACGUGGGAUGAAAUGACUGUGUCCAAGAAGAUUAUGCAUCACUUUGGCGCCUUUGCCCGGACUGGAAAUCCAGGGUUUAAAGGAGGUGAAUGGCCGCUGUUUACUGCUGAUACUCAGGAGUAUGUCACUUUGAAUGACGAUACUAGAAGAGUAAAGAAGAGGUUAAAAGCUAAUGAGUGUCAUUUGUGGCACAAUUUGAUGCCUAAAUACCAGCAGUUAUCAGAUUCCAAGCCGCAGUGCACUUCAAGUGGGAUUGUUCACCACAAUUGGGUGUUCCCUCUUAUUUUGUUAGUUAUCAGUUUAACCCAUUAACCGAGCUCCUGCUCUCUGUUUAGUUCAUGUGUUUAAUGUCUAAUGUGUAACAGGUGGGUGCUUGCUUUUCUUAAAUAUGUCAAAUAUUAUCAGAGCACCACCUGAAGGCUAUAUGUUGAUCCUUGGGGCCCUAUAGCCUGUUUUACUUGAGGGUUCACUGAAAAUCAUAGUUUGAAAAAAGGCCCUUUAAAACUAUUUUUACACUGUUUGAAUAACUUGCUUCCUAUGCUUAUUAGAAAUAGUUGUUAAAACAAGUUUUGCUGUGUGCCAUUGGCUGUUUUUUUAUUUGUUAUAGACACACAAGAAGUCACCAGUUGUUUCUUGGCCUUUUUAACACCUUGUUAUUAAAUAAAAAUGGAAAAAUAGCAACAGAAAAUG